AUGUCAUUCAAUUUGUCGAUACAUAUCUCUGAAGGUUCUUAUGGUAAAAAAGAAGGUCCUCAGAAGAAAAGAAAAAGUGAAACUCAAGCUCAAAUUGAAGAGAGGCCAGCAUUGCUGCAUGUUUAUCAGUUCGAAAAGGCCUUAAUGAAGUAUGACGAUCCAAAUUUUGCUAAGUUCAUUCUUCAAGAUCCGUCUGAGACAUCUUCUGAAGAAAUCACUAGUCCGCAUAUUAGCUUCUGAUCGACCCAGAAUAAUACAGGAGAUAAGAGAUUUAUAACAGUGUUAUCAUUCAGGUACUGAAAGUUGACUAAAGCAGCAAGAAAGGCUAACAGAGGCAAUCAAGAAUAUUUCGAAUUUGGGGAUAUUAUUGAUAAUGAUAAAUCCAACUCAGAUACCAAUUUAGUAUAUUUUGUUCUUACUUCGGAAAUCCCUUGAUUUGGGUUUCAAGAAAGCUGGCUGAGAGCUGUUUAUGAACAUUUGGAGAAAGAUAGUCUGGAUAAAUACUUGUUUCCUAAUUCCGAUAAGUUUCCAAGAGAGUCAAAGAUAUCACAAUCUCCUUAUUGGUGACAAUUUGAAUGACCAGAGAUGAAAGGAUCUCUUACUUUUGAGAAUUUCUUGGAUCUCUUUGAAUUUCUGGAUAAGGAAGAGAAGCCAGAUAAGCUAAAAGUAACUUUAUUCAAAGCGAAAUCUUCUCCUAAUGGUGGAGGGUUGACUAUCAACUCUAGAGAAUCUCCUGCGUUAAUUAGUCUUAUGACUGUUGCUGAGAAGAAUUUCAAAAACCAAUUGCUUUAUGUAUCUUCCCAAUUAUCAUCCUAUCUGGAUGAGUCUAACAUCAUCGAUACAUUUAAGAGAAAUACCCGGAGUAUGCCAAUGAAAUGAGAAAGCUUAGUAAGCCUAAAUCUAAAUUUCCCUCUUGUUCCUGACAACCAUGACUAUUGAUCAAUUUUUGAGCUUAUUCCUUCAAAUAAAAUUGUCGAUAUUUUCUUCGGAAUCUUACUUGAAGAAAGAAUCUUGUUAGUAACGAAGAACAUAAGCCAGAUAACCAAGGCUAUUGAGGCUAUAUUUGAACUACUAUUUCCUUUCAGUCCUCUAGAUUUCAAGGUGAUAUCAAACUUGCCUGCAGAUAAGCAUUUGUUUCUUGGAAUGCCCUGCCCUUUUGUAAUGUGAUGCACCCCUGAAGUAUUUAUCAAGAUCCAGUCUGUCUGUUUCAGAGAUUAUAAAGAAGAGUUGAUGAUUAUAGACCUGGAUAAUAUGCUAAUGAGUUGGGACAGACAAGUUGACUAUCCUCAACCACAUACUCAGUAUUUUUACAAUACUCUAAAGAUUUUAUCCCAAAAGAUGAUAAACCCUAUUACAAAGAAGAACAAAUGUGACGAUUUGGUGAAUAAUGACGAGGAAAUGCUGGAAAUUUUGAAGAAGUACUUUUCAAACAAUCUCCAGAUCAAGCAGACCUUUAUCAACUGAAUACUGAUGGUUCUUAACAACUUCUUGUCGUUUGAAAACUUCGAAUUUACCGAGAAGAAUCAGAAGAUAAAAGAGUUAGUAUUUGACAGUAAUGGGUACCUGAGCUCUAUAAAUCCUAAAUUCAGGCCUUUCUACAAGAGGCUGUUCCAGACUCAGAUGUUCAAUACUUUCCUGAAGGAUAAAUAAGGAAGGGUCCUUCAUCAGAUCAAAUGAGUUCAUGAAAUACUACAACAUUUGUUUCAAAUAGAACUAAGGUGCACAAAAAGGACAGGGAUAGCCUCGAUUUAAUGAAGUCAUGAUCAGAGAACUUCACUGAAGUGCUAGUGAACAAAUAAAUACUCAGGAGAUGAAUUUAUUGAGGAUGAUCAACACCAUGUCAUACAGUUAAAUAAGCUAAAGUUUAAACAGAAUAAUCAGAUAAAGAGACUUCUGGAAGCAAUUGAAAGCUUAUAUAAAGAAUCAGGAGAACUUCAUGAUUGCACCCGCACACCUAGCUCAAAUAAGAGUAGCUUGUUGAGCUCAAAAUUUCUUUCUGAUGGAUCAAUGAUUAACAACAGAAAUUUUCAAAGACAAAGUGUGGUGACAAUACUGAACGAAAAGCCUCACUUUGUUAAGUUAGUCAACAAGAAGUUAUUCAAAAAGACUGCUUUAGAUGAGUUUUUGAAUUGUAGGAAUACAGAUUUUCGUGAGCAAUCAAACUCCUGUAUUAAUCGAGAAGAGUUCAAGCUGAGCAAACUUGAUCACAAAUCUUUUGUUCACAGUCAGAAAUGUCCUAAACAUAAUAAUAAGAAGUUUGUCAACUGAUUUUUAUGAAAGAAGAAUAAAAGGAAAGACUACAAAUAUCUGCCAGGAGGAUCGUUAAAAUCUAAGAAAAGAGCCUUACUAAAUACAGAGAAAAGUGCCAAGAAAUCACUGAAUAUUGAUGGAUUCGUAACCAAUGAAGAGAGAAAAAGCACAAAAUAUAAGAAAGAUGAUGGACUGUACAAUAAAACUUCCUUGAUCAAAGGGAGUGCAUCAAAACAGGUUUCAUCCUCAAGAGUUUAUAAACCUUACAAAGGAAGUUUCUGUAAGACUCAAAAUCCAACAGUCAAAGAGAGUAGUAGCAAUGAUGUUUUGAAAACUAAAAAAGAUUACAAGACUCCUCUUAAGACAGCAAAAGUGUCUGUGAAUUUAGUAAAGGGUGAUAAAACACCUGCUAAAGAUCCUUUUGUUGCAUCUAUAACUCUUGAUGUCAAAACAGAUGAAAAAAAGAUUACUCAAAUUGAUAGAUCUUCUCCUUCCAUUUCUAAUAACCAGUUAUUGUCAAACAAGAUGCUGCUUCAUGCAAAGUCCUCUAUAAAGCCUUCGCCUUUCCAAAGUGACCAGAGACACAAGUCGAAGGAGAAGAUGAAGACAAGUCUUGAGAUAUAUUCCAAAACUAUCAGACAUAGCAAAGUUGAUAAAUCAAGCAAUAGCCAUCAAAGAAACUGGAGUGAUAUCUAUACUGAUGAAAGCAAGCAUGGCAAUGUCUCAGCAACUGCUAUCUCAGCUAGGUCUGAUAUGAAGAACAGCUUUGGACAAGACGAUUUCUCGAGAAGGGCAGCUCCUUUCAUGUUCAAAAAUCAUUACUCAGAAAUUAAGAAGAGACUUAAUGCAACAGAUUCUCCUGAUGCCCAGAAUUUAAGAAGUGAUACUAAAUUCUCCAAUUACCUGAAAAAGAUGGAUAAUGGGCCUAAAUUUGGACCAAAGAAAGGGACUAUCAAAGUUCUAAACCACUCUGGAAACAUUUCAUCUAGGAAAGAAACUCAAGAUAUCCCUCAGAUAGAUACUAACUCUAGUGUUCAAUACUCAACAGUUGAAUUAUUCACAGAGGAAGAUUCCAAUGAUUUCAUGUUCUCUCUUCCAAUAGAUGAAUGCUUUGAUUUGAUCAACUAUGAACCACAAAGUGGAAUUGAUCCAUUAGCACAGGCAAUACCUUCACUGAAUACAAAAACAAAGCAGACCCCAAAGAAAGAGGAAAGUAAAACCCAGAAGAAAGUGAUAUCUUCUGAGAAAGAUCUUUUAUCUAAAAAGAUGGCUUCUUACUCUUCAUUCAAUAAAAAGCAUUCUAAUCAAGUUGCCAGAGGAAAACUGAGCAACUACAUUAAUGCUAAAAGCGAUUCUAAGACUUUAAAAAGUAAAGAUAAAACCAAGAGACUGAUGGUCGAUAUCUCUCCAAAGAAAAUAGUAGAAAUGAAGCACUGUGGUUCAUCAGACAGCAAAGCAUUUGAAGCAGCAUCUAUUAUUUGAAAAACUGAUUCAGUCAAAUCACUGAGAAGCAGUAAAAGAUCUCCAAAAUCAAUUGUGAAGUCUAAUAUGUCAGUCAGCAAAAGUAGUAUUGACAAGAUAAAGAACAUCGGACCAUCUUUGAAAGGAAACGAUUCCAGCUCCUUAAUUGGGAACCUGCAGAAGAAGAGCAGCCUUGAGGAUUCUCAAGUAAGCUCUAGGUGAAAGAAGAAUAAGAGAGUAAGCAAACAGAACACUCUUAUAUCAGACUCAAGCAGACAGAAGGCAAUACUUACCAAUAAUGUUAGCCAGGAUAUCGAAUACCAUAAAUCAUCGGGUCUUCUAAAAAAAAAUAGGAGUAACUGCAGUCAAAAAUUUGAGAAAAUUACUGCUAGUGAUAAGCAAUUGAAGAAGGACAGCUCGAACUAUAGCAAAACAAGCAAUAAGAACAAGAAAUAUUAUAGUACUAUCAAUAAUAAUUCAGAAAGAGGAUAUGAAGUGAGCACAAAGAAGCUCAGGAAGGAGAUUGAAGAAGUUCACAAGAAGUUCCAAAAGAAGAAUUACAGCAAGAAUAAAUCAACCGUUAAUGUUAAUUCUGGCAAGAAGCAGCAUAAGAGCAACCUAAAGACUAAGAUGCAUGAUCGCCCAGCCAGAAUAAAGGCAGCACUUAUUUUAUCAAAUAAGAAAGGGAAACAAUCUAAAGUGCUAAAAAUUUAAUUCAAAUAAGUCAAUUGGAGAAAAUGAAUUAUCAGACCAUAGUGUAAUGGGUAAAUCGACUUCCCAUACAUCAGAGUACUUAAAGAAGACAGUAAAAACUAACAAGAAGUUAGAAAACAUUGCUAACAUGUUCACUGAUAAAAAUAAGAAAGAAAAAGAGAAGCUAAAAGGAGGAACUGAAGAGCGUGUUGAGACUAAGAUUAAGAAUUAUAACUGAAUGAAGAUAAAUAAAAAGGGAUCGCCAUAAUAAACUUCGAAUGUAAUUGAU